AUGCAAGUUAUCGUUCCAGUCGAAGCUUCCACUGAGAUCAUUUUGGUUGACGUUGCGUCUUCAUCUCAAAAGAAAGCCAUGAAACGUCUCACUUGCCGAAAGUGUGAAGGACACGGUCUGUACGCCAUCCUGAAGGGGCAUGCUGGAGUCUGUCCGUACAAGGAUUGCAACUGCGGAACCUGUUCAUCUGUGAUGAGCAUGCGAGCCAAUGCUCUAAUCCGAAGGUUCCGGCAUCGUCAACCGGAUCAGUCCACGGCUGUGGUCAAGGCUCUCCGAUCCAAGAAUGGUAACAUGCGCCUGCGCAUAGUGGCCAGAAACGAAGAGGAGACUUUGGUCGAACCGGAUGGAACCUUGGUGACCUACACCAGUGACAAGAAUGGACAUCAAACCUACACCACUACCACUCGCCGCAGUUCAAUUCUAACAACUACAACUGAUGACCGAGAUAGUGUGAUCUCUACCCCACCGAGCACCACCAAUGACAGCACUCCUUCCGGAUCUCCACCACUGCUCUCUCCUUACGGAGAGAUGGAUCUCACUAUGGAAGCACUCGGCGCUGCCGGUGUCGACGUCACCAGUCUCUUCAAACAAUCAUUGAUCAAUCAACUCCUUCAAAAUCCAACUGCCGUCACUCCAGCUCUUAUCACGUUCCUCCUCCAGCCAUCUCCACAAGUCUUCGAACCAACUACCGUCGCUCCACCAGUAUUGUUCCCAGCUUUUUUGAACGGUCUCUCUGCUCCGUCUCUCUCCGUUUGA